AUGCUCCGAAGUCGCCAGGCCUCCAAGGCCGCCCUGAGAGUCCUGGGCCAAACCAGAUCAUUCACGCUGACGACCUCUUCCCCUGCCGUCAAGACUUCGAAAACGGUUCCUUCAGGUCAAAGAAGUCAAGCGACUGCCGCCGCUGCCACUGCCACUGCCACUGCCACUGCCACUGCCACAUCGUCUGCGCCUCUCGUGCGUGCCGUACCGAGCUCUUCUUUCAAUGCCCAAGACCGAAGCCAUGUGCAGCCGCUCUCGAAUCAAUGCAAAAAUGAGAUGGACGAGUCAUUUAUCGGCAAGACGGGAGGUGAAAUAUUUCACGAGAUGAUGCUUAGACACGGCGUUAAACACAUCUUUGGAUACCCCGGCGGUGCUAUUCUUCCCGUAUUCGAUGCCAUCUACAAUUCGAAGCAUUUCGAAUUUAUCCUUCCUAGACACGAGCAAGGCGCUGGCCACAUGGCCGAGGGUUACGCCAGAGCUAGUGGUAAACCCGGUGUCGUUCUCGUCACUUCUGGCCCCGGAGCCACCAAUGUCAUCACCCCUUGCACCGAUGCCCUCUCGGACGGGACCCCCUUGGUUGUCUUCUGCGGGCAGGUUCCCACCACCGCCAUCGGGAGUGAUGCGUUCCAGGAGGCCGAUGUUGUGGGCAUCUCUCGCGCCUGCACCAAGUGGAACGUCAUGGUCAAAAACGUCGCCGAACUACCUCGCCGAAUCAACGAAGCCUUCGAGAUCGCCACCUCUGGUCGUCCCGGCCCCGUGCUCGUCGAUUUGCCCAAGGAUGUCACGGCUGGAAUCCUGCGAAGGGCUAUCCCGACCGACGCCACUCUUCCGUCCCUGCCUAGCGCGGCGUCUCGCGCCGCCAUGGAGCACAGCCAGCGACAGCUGCAAGCUUCCGUGAGACGCGUUGCCGACCUUGUCAACAUUGCCAAGCAGCCCGUCAUCUACGCCGGGCAGGGCAUCAUCCAGUCCGAAGGCGGCCCCGAGCUGUUGAAGGAACUCGCCGACAAGUGUUCCAUUCCCGUCACCACGACCCUGCAAGGCCUGGGCGGUUUCGACGAGCUUGAUGACAAGUCGCUGCACAUGCUAGGCAUGCACGGCUCCGCCUAUGCCAACAUGGCCAUGCAAGAGGCAGACUUGAUCCUUGCCCUCGGCGGCCGCUUCGACGACCGCGUCACCGGCAACAUUGCCAAGUUUGCGCCCGGCGCAAAGGCUGCCGCCGCUCAGAAUCGAGGCGGCAUCGUCCACUUUGAGAUCAUGCCCAAGAAUAUCAACAAGGUUGUCCAGGCCACCGAGGCGAUUGAGGGAGAUGUUGGCGCCAGCAUCAAGCUCCUCCUGCCCGAGGUCCAAGCGCGAUCGAUGCAGGACCGCAAGGCAUGGUUUGACAGGAUUCGCGAGUGGAAGAAAAAGUGGCCGCUGUCUCACUACGAGCGAGCCCGCGGCGGUCUCAUCAAGCCCCAAACCCUCAUUGAGGAGCUCAGCAACCUGACGGCGGACCUGAAGCACAAGACGUACAUUGCCACCGGCGUCGGCCAACACCAGAUGUGGACCGCGCAGCAUUUCCGAUGGAGACACCCUCGAACCAUGAUUACCUCUGGGGGUCUCGGAACCAUGGGCUACGGUCUGCCCGCCGCCAUCGGCGCCAAGGUUGCGCGGCCCGACGCCCUGGUCAUCGACAUUGACGGCGACGCCUCGUUUGGCAUGACUCUGACCGAACUGGCCACCGCGUCCCAGUUCAACAUUGGCGUCAAGAUCAUUGUCCUGAACAACGAGGAGCAGGGAAUGGUUACGCAAUGGCAGAACCUCUUUUACGAGGAUCGCUACGCCCACACGCACCAGGUCAACCCCGACUUUAUGAAGCUGGCCGAGUCGAUGCGCGUGCAGUCCCGCCGCGUCAGCGACCCGGCGGAUGUUGUCGACAGCCUGAAGUGGCUGAUCAACACGGACGGGCCUGCUCUGCUGGAGGUUGUGACGGACAAGAAGGUGCCGGUUCUACCCAUGGUGCCGGCCGGAUCAGGCCUGCACGAAUUUCUCGUCUUUGACGAUGAAAAAGACAAGCAGCGCAGAGAAUUAAUGCAGGAAAGAACCUGUGGUCUGCACGGCUCAUGA